CAUUUAUAUAAAAAAAAGCUCAAUGACAAUAAUAUAAACGAGUAUAUUGCCGAUAUUGAUAAGAUACACACUUUCUCUCUUACUCAAAAAAUAAAGGAGAGACGAUAAGGAUAUCUACUAUAUUUGCUAUAUUUUGCACAAAAAAAAAAGAAAAGUUUAUUAAAUUUUCAAGAACACCAAGUGCGUGUGUUGUUCUAAAAACUUUUCAUACAAAAAAGCUCCAGUCCAAUAUAUACAACAUUCUCUCUCUCCCCCAGACAAGGAGUCAGAGUUUCCAUUACGUUAUCCUUGCGAAAAAAAAGUAAAAUACAAAAACUGAUUAUAAAAUUGGGGAAACGCAGGAAAAAGCAUUUUUCUUGGGGAAACACAAAAGUACGUAAAGGACGAUUCCUCAGCUUGACGACUGACUACGGUAUACGGCGGUAUUUUCAGUAUCAGUUCACUGUUCGGAGUUUUCACAUUCGUUUUAACUUGCCGUCAUUCAUUAUUCGAAAAUUUUCACUUACUCCAUUUCCACUCACUCUAACUCACUUCUAUUUACACAGUUACGCACGGGUGCAAUAAUAAACGGCGAGGCGGCGACGACCGAAAAACGACAUAGACAACGACAAACGACGACGAUACGGUCGGUGGUUAAGUGCGGGUGGAUGAUAGACAGUUAGACUGAGAGAAGGUCCUUGCUGGUUAGUGUGCUUGUUUGGUGCUUAUGAAAAAUUAAAAUAAAAAAAAAAACUUGCUACGAAAACUCUAUAAAACAAUGAUCCUCGCGUAAUUUGAUCCAGCAAACUUAACAAAAUAUUAAUCCUUCAGCUAACCAUAACUAGCUUAAGGGCUAGUUUUUAGAAACUAAUACAAUUGAUCUAAUAAACUCCUUCACCAUUAGCGAAUCGCUAAGAGACAAAAUGAGUGGCCUAGGCCCAGCUGCAUGCUGGCUAGCUCACAAACGGAUAGAAUCUUGGUCACGCAUGGCCAAGGAACGAGUUGGUGCUGUCCGAAGAAUACCUGUCGAACAUAGUUCGGAAGAUAAUCCAUCGACACCGCCACCAAUGACACCAUCAUCGAUUUCAUCGACAACCAGCGGUAUUGGUGGCAGUGUUAGUGGGGGAAGUUAUGAUCUGUCAAAUGAUUCUUCAGGAGAGGAAUGUAACUUAACUAGAGAAGCACAAGCAAUCCAGCCAUUAGCAUCGGUUCCAGCCCAUACAGUUAACACUGAGAUGCUUCGAGGUCCAUUAGAAAUGAGCCCUAGCCCAUUGCAUAUGCACUUACAGCAUCAAAGUAAAUCAUUUCCACCACGACUGCAGCGAACGCCAUCUGUGUCGAGUCAAAGUAGUAUAGAUAGUGCUCCAUCAAGACAAUCGGGACAUCGUGGUUCAUCACCACAAAUUCGAACGUUUGGACCAGAUGGAAGAAGCUCAUUGCCAUCCGAUCAUGGACUACCACACAUUUCCCGCUCGCCAAGUCCAAUGCGUACAAUCAGUUUAGACGCGCGUUGCUGUUCACCAGCUGCCCCACAUCAUGACCUUUGUGACAUUCGAAACUCAUCACCAUCGCAGAGUAGUUUGGCAUCAAUGGCUGGCGGCAGUGCGGGCAGCAUUUGUCUGCAAAGUCCAAAGGUAGGUCGUUGUCUAUCGCCACUUUUGAUACCACCUCGAUCUCAGCCAGGUGGAGUUGACCCUGGAUGUGGUCCGGCUUCACCGUUGGGCGCUCUGCAACCAGAUUUGUAUACUAGACAAGAUGGGCCAAUGUAUUUGACUGCACCCGAAUCGAGUCCAGCUUUGGGUAGAUUGCAUUUGAGAGUGAAAUAUGACUAUCAUUUGUUUGAUUUGACUGUGCAUCUUAUUGAAGCUCAUAAUCUCUGUCCAAUCGAAGAGGGUGGAUUUCGAGAUCCUUAUGUAAGGCUGAUGCUUUUGCCAGGUGUUGAUGAACGCAAACGACAAACCCAUAUUCAUCGUGGCGAAUCGAAUCCGUAUUUUGAUCAACAUUUUAAAUUUCCUGUUUCGAGAGAUCAGCUACAAGGAAAGGAGUUGAUUUUACAAGUUUUGGACUAUGAUCGGUAUUCGCACAAUGAUAUCAUCGGGGAAGUGAGAGUAUUAAUUGAUGAGUUGGAUUUGUCCAAGUCUAUUGAGAUUUGGGGUGACCUUCUGAGAAUUAAAAAACCCCCAGAAGACCGACCAGAACUUUUGCUCUCUCUCAACUAUUUGCCCCAAGCAGAACGUUUAACUGUGGUUAUAAUGAAAGCAAAGAAUCUUGAUAGUAUGCAAGAGCCCUAUGUUAAGUUGUAUCUGAUUCAAAAUGGUAAACGCGUCAAAAAGAAGAAAACUAGCAAUGGCAAAUCGGAUGAUCCAUCCAAUCCAAUUUGGAAUGAGGCAUUUACAUUUAAUUUGCCAUCAUCUGGAAUGCAAAGUGCUGCACUUGAGAUAUAUGUUGUAACAACUGGCGGUGAGGCAAAUGCAAUUGGUAGCUGUGGCAUUGGACCACAAGAAAAUGGUCCUGGACGUCAGCAUUGGCAUGAUAUGAUACACAAUGCCCGUAAACCCACCGCAAUGUGGCAUUAUCUAAGAUAAGGAUUUGUAUUUGUGGUAUCUUAAAUCUCUACAAUAUUGCAUUUGAAAAUGUAACAAUGCAAACAACAAACUGACAAAAUAUAUAUAUUUAUAUAUUUUAUAUUUAUAAAAAAAUAACAAAAAAAAAAAAAGAAAGAAGAAGGAGAUAAACAUAAACACACAGGAAAAUAAACAUAGUUUAAAGCUAUUUGAGAAAUGCUAUCCCACUUCUGAACUUCUGUAAGUUUAAGUCAUUUUUUUGUUUUUCGAAUGCUGGAGGAGAUUGAGGGGAAAAACUGCGCGACUGAAAUUUACAAAACCCGUACUUGCAUUGAAAGAUAAAUGAAUUUUGGAAAAGUUGGGGUCAAAAUGUCGAAAAUCUAGAAUCCGGAAAAUCCAGAAUCCCGAAAACCCGAAAUCCCG